AUGAAACGUCAAAACUGUCAAAAUCGGGAGAAGUUGCAUCGGCGCUCCUUUUUCCCUUGUUUAUUUUUAUUUUAUAAUUUUUUGACCAGACAAAGUGUAAUUUAAAUCAAAUAACGCAAAAAACAACAUCAAAAUGCCUAAUCAAGAGGAAAGUGAUAAUAAUUGGAUGGAGAAAAUGGACAAUAUUUGUUCAGAAUUAAACGUAGAUCCAGCUGCUGCGAAAAAGUCUCGGGAAUCUUUUCAGACUAUUCAACGAAACUACACAUUAGACGGUGACACUCUCCACUGGAUGGCGUGUGCGCUGUAUGUGGCAUGUCGGACCUCAAUAACACCCACCGUCCAAUCAGGAACAGCCGUGGAAGGAAACUGUGUCAGUCUCACCAAACUACUGCGCUUAUGUAAUAUUAGUCUAAUACAGUUUUUUAACAAAAUCAAGAACUGGAUGGAAAUGGCGGCCAUGUCGGUAGACUUCAGGACGAGGAUUGAGCGGCUGGAGCGCAAGUUUGCAGUGUCCACAGUUCUAUACAGGAAGUUCCAGCCAAUAUUCCAGGAAAUAUUCUCAGGACUCACCAAUGACCCAAUCAAACCUAAUGCUAGGAUGAGCAAAAAGCAAAAACUCCAGCCCUGCUCAACAAACGCAGUGUACGAGCUGACCUGGUGCCUCUACAUCAGCGUGAAGGGAGAGUUCCACAACAACGCGGACGACCUCGUGGACAUGUACCACGUGCUGCUGGCGUGUCUCGACUUCGUGUUCAGUAACGCCUUCAUGUCGCGCAGGGUGGACUUGCUGAAUCCUAGCUUUAGAGGUCUCCCAUCAGACUGGUUGAGUGAUGACUUUGAGAUGCCGAGCAAACCACCCUGUAUUAUAUCGGCUCUGUGUGAGAUCAAGGAUGGCAUGCCGAUGGAAGCGGCUACCAUGAAGGAAUACAGCUGGAAACCUGUUGUCAAGAGUUUCUUUGAAAAGGGGAUUUUAAAAGGCGACAGUAAAUCCCUAUUGGGUAUUUUAGAUGUAGGAAACUUUGACGUAAAUCUUAAAUCAGUGAAUAAUAUUUAUGAAACUUAUGUAUUGAGUGUGGGUGAAUUUGACGAAAGAAUAUUUUUAGGUGAAAAUGCAAAUGAUCAAAUUGGUACACCAAACCACCACAACAGACUAGCAGCGGGAGAUGAGUUCGCACAAGUUAUUGCAACUUUUGGAACGAGCGGUCGUCCGACAUGUCCGGACACGCCGCUGACGGGGCGGCGCUACCUGGCGGGGCGCGGGGAGCCGCUCACGCCGGUGUCGGAGGCCACCAACAGUCUGGCCCGCGUACGCGCCUACCUCAGCGGCUGCAAGCCCAUGCCGUCCGCGCAGCUCAUGCGCCUGUUCUUAGAUUGCGGCGUAACCGAAGAGACGAUAGAAGAGAACCUGAUCCAGCCGUGCAACCGCUGGGGUGCCCAGCUACUAGCCAGUCUCCGCGAGGCCAACACCAGCAAUGAGAACACAACCUUCCGGUGCAACAUGGUCACGUGUCUGUACUACAAGGUGUUCGAGCAUAUACUGAAGGAGGAGCAUAGGAAAAAGCCGAAGGUUUCGCUACAGAUGCUGUUAACACAAGAAACCUACCAGCUGGCCCUCUACGCGUGUUGCACAGAGAUAGUCCUGCACUCGUACGGGGUCCACUCCAUGAGGUUCCCCCGAGUGCUGCAAGUGUUCGGGCUCAGUGCAUUCCACUUCUACAAGAUUAUAGAACUGGUGGUACAAGCAGUGGUCGAGAAGAUGAGCCGCGAUAUUAUCAAGCAUCUUAAUGCAAUAGAGGAGGAAGUACUAGAGGCGCUAGUCUGGACGUCAGACAGUCCUCUGUGGGAGCGGCUGGGGUCGCCGCCCGCCGUGCCCGCCUCUACUGAAGUCUACGUGCAAGAGUCGCCGCGACGCCCGCCUGGUUACAUGUCUCUUAUGCCAAACGCAGACAACGCUAAAAAGCAACUGUUCAAAGAUACCAACAUCAAGCCAGGACAAUCAUUAUUAAUGUCGCCAGUGAAGCAGGUGAAGCAAGAGCCCGCCCCGCCCGCGCCGGGCGCCAACGGCGAGACGUCACCCACGUCCACGCCUAAGAACUCACUUGUGCUCUUCUUUAGAAAGUUCUACAGCCUGGCCGUGAUCCGCAUGAACGACCUGUGCCUCCGCCUGCGCCUCACGGACGAGGAGCUGAAGCGCAAGAUCUGGACGUGCCUCGAGCACUCGCUGCAGCAGCAGACGCGGCUGCUGCGCGACCGCCACCUCGACCAGAUACUCAUGUGCUCCGUCUAUGUCAUUUGUAAGGUAUCACACACCGCUGCGAAUCCAGUUGAGAGGACGUUUGCGGAAAUCAUGAAGUGCUACAGACAGCGCCCCCUAGCGGACAAUCAUGUUUACAGAUCAGUGCUGAUCGACUCUGAAUCAGGAGAGAGUUCACCAGAGCGAGGCGAUUUAAUCAAGUUUUACAACAAAGUAUACGUGCAACGAAUGCAAUCCUUCGCUUUGAAAUUUUCCGGAAAGAAUAAAGACGGCACCCCCCUAUCGCCUCUGCCGGCGGGGCGCGGCGCGCACUACUCGCCGGGCUCCGGCCAGCGCGUGUCGGAGCGCCACCAGCUGUACGUGAAGCCGCUGACCACCACGCCGCCCGCCACGCACCUCACCUACCGGUUCAGCAGGAGCCCCGCUAAGGACCUACACGCAAUAAACACGAUGGUGUGUUCCGAGGCCGGCGGCUACAAGCGCUCGCAGUCGCCCGGCGGAGACGCGCUCGUGAAGCGGGGCCGGUACGCCGCGCCCGACCCCGUGGCCAGGAAACUGCUGCAUCUGGUCAACGACAGGCAGGCCGUGUGAAGUGAUGUGGCGACCAUCAGCGUGCAGGAAGCGCCACAUCCCGUGGUGCUGUCGUAAAACCAAUUUUAUUUUUUUGGGACCAAAAUUAACUUUGCUCUCUAGUUUUUAAUUUCCCAAAAUUAUUCAGCUCAAAUCGAACCAAAUAAUUUGGAUGUAAAUUGUAUUUUUUUCUUAUAUCAAGUCAAAUUCCAAAUAUUGUAAGUUUUUAAAUGCUUUAUCAAUCAUAGUUGGUUCCAAGUAAAUAUGUAAUUGGUGCUAUGGAAGAGCUGUAUUGAAGCCAAUUAAUGAAGCAUAUUGAUCUCAUUUCUUAUUUAUUUUGGAUAAUAGUAUUGAUAUGCCAUAACAUAAAUUGCUCAUAUCUAAAGUAAUGUUUAAGUAAACCCAGAUUUAACAUGAGUUGUAAAUGAAGUAAAUCAUGGUAAUACUUGGUUUUAACUAGUGACAACUCGAGUAACGAAAUCAUCUAUUUUAUUUGUGCAAGAAAAUGCAUUUUAUUUUUUAAGUAUCUGCUAUCGAACAGAUGGUAAUUUGAAGAAUAUUAUUAUGUGCAUUUUAUGUUUUGACUCCACUUAAUUCUUACGCUGACUUGCGCGUAAUUACAACCCUUGUUAACACCUCUGUAACAUUAAAGCUACAGUUGUAUUAUUAAAGCCAUAAAAGUUACCAAAUGUAUAUGGACACUGGCAAACACAAAUAUAUUUUGCAUGUUGUAAAUAAACACAGGCCUCUCAGUAACCAAUAAACCUGGUUUAAAGAAACUCC